AUGAUUCAAGAGAAACGAAAAAGUCACAAGAUUGUUAUAAGAGUUAUCAAUAGACGGAGGUUGUUGGAAUUCAAAGAAGGCGACCACGUAUUCUUGAAAGUUACACUGAGACUGAGAUUGAAAGGGUCUUUUAAGUCACAGAAGUUCAGUACGAGAUACAUAAGGCAUGUUCUUCUAGAUACUGUUAAAAUGGAAACAAACAUUUCUUUCGAGCCUCAACCCAGUCGUCUUGUAGGUCGUGAGACUAAAUUAUUGAGAAACAAGGAGAUUCUUUUGGUCAAGGUUCAAUGGGAUGAAUCACAUCCGGGCGAAGCUACUUGGGAGCUAGAGUCCAAAAUGCGAGAAGUUUAUCCUUAUCUCUUCUAG